AGCUGCAUGGAAGAAUAACUUGGAUUAAUGCAAAGUUAAUUUGUUAUAAAUACAGUUGUGUAACAUUCAACAUUUAUAACACCUUUAUAAUAACGGAACUUGUGUGAGAUUAAUAGUAGAACAUUUAUAAAAGGUUUUAGUUCAGUACUUCAGUUGCACUAAUUGUUGUAACUUGCAAUAUAUCUUCGAAUAAGAUUAAGAAAAACAAGAGUAACACAAUAUGCAGGUUACUAUAGCUUUGCUACUUUUUGCUGUAGUUGGGACUUUGAUGAAAUCAGUAAAUUCAGAGAGAUACAUUGUUGGAGAAGGCUAUGGUUGGCGUUCUGCCCCUUACCCUACUUACUACGAAGAUUGGGCUAAAACUGUCAAGCUAAAACCUGGAGAUGAAUUAGAGUUUAGAUUCCAAAAGCCUGACGAAGUGCUGGAGAUUGGGAAAUACGACUAUUAUGCAUGCAAUUCCAAUACUCCUUCCAGGCAUUAUAAAGAUAGUCCAGCAAUAGUAUUCUUAUUGGUACCUGGAGAUUAUUACUUCACAUCCAGCAACAAUAACAACUGCAUCAAUGGCCAGAAGCUCUAUGUAUAUGUACCAGCUCCAGAAGAUGAUGGUAAGAUUAACAACAAGGGUUAGAUGGAAGGUGGAAUGUUAGAGGAUCACUAGAUUAGCAUAUUUCCUUUAGACAAAUAACCAAGAGGCAAAUCUAGAAUUCUAGAUCCAGUGAGUUCAGAAUGGAUGUGAUCUUACUAUAUGCAUGCAUUUUUUUCCUUUUUUUUUUUUUUUUUU